AUGGGGGUGGCUGAGAGAUCUGGGGUUCAAAAUUUAGAAAUUUUAAUCAUCCGUCUUCUCAGUUCCAAGGUUGGUCAUUGGAUCAAGCUGAACUCGAGAGAAGCUGUUAGGCCACUGGGGCAAAAGAGCUCGAUCACCAGCAGCGCCAUUGCUGGUACCAAACCACAACCCAGUGGUAGCAAAUCUCGUGACUCCUUCCUUCCCUGGCCUAGAUUGGUGGUCCAAGUUAACCUCACACUGACCUGGAGACUGCCAAUUGAAUCUGAGCAAAAAAAGGAUUCAAAAAUAUCCGCUCUAUUCCACGGGUCAUUCACAAAUCCCCAAUUCAACCGUGAUACCCUCGAGAGCUCUUCAGAGUUGGAUUCUGCCCAUAUCAGCUAUUUGUGGUUCGGACCUUUGCUGGGUGGCAGACGCAAUGCAAAACAGCCGAAGCUUGAAGAGCAUACUACAAUCCGUGUCGCUGCGUUCCGAAAUUACGCAGGCUAUAUGCUCACCCAGUCAUUUAAGAACGGUUUGGCCGAAUUAAAAGGCAUUGCAGAAAACCUUCAAACUUCAAAUGAGGGAUAUCUUGCAAUCAUGUGCAGCGAGACGGUCUGGUGGCGAUGCCAUCGACGGAUGAUUGCAGAUAUACUCGUAACUCAGGGGUGGAACGUCCAGCAUCUAGGUGUUAGGAAAGAGCCAAUGGAGCAUGAGAGGUGGGGAAUUGCAAGAGUCGGUGAUGAAGGGAACCUCAUUUAUGAUGGCCGUGAGCGGCGCUCGAAAAGGAAUAAAUGCUUGAGUUGA